AUGUACGCCGGCAUCAAAACCGCCACCGGCCUUACUCCCAUCAAGACGGCUCCGCUGAAGUCCAAGGCAGGAGAGGUCAUUACAGACCGGGGCAAGCAGCUGGAGCCCUGGGUGGAGCACUAUCUGGAGCUUCAUGGAGGAGUUGGAUGCCCCGCCCUCUGCGGAGGAACUCGGAAAAGCCAUCGACUGUCUCUCCUGCGGGGGCGGGGAGAUGGGAGGGACGGGAUCCCAUCGAAGAAGGGCCACGUCCCCCGGGACAUGCGAGAUGCCAACAUUGCCACCACCUAUAAGAAUAAAGGUGACCUCAGCGACUGCAAUAACUACCGCGGCAUUUCCCUCUUCACCGUCGUGGGAAAGAGCCUCGCCUCUCGUGUGUACAGCACAGUCUGCUACAACGGCGGAGCAUCUAACGCCUUCCCUGUGAGCAGCGGCGUAAAACAGGGCUGCUUCGUCGUGCCGACACUCUUUUGGAUCUUCUUCUCCAUGCUUCUCCGCGAGCCUCAUGGCAUGGAGAAAUAUGACUUGAAAACGGGCUCAGAUUUGGGAGCUCUCAGCGACGAGCAGCAAGAAAAACUCAAUGCGUUUAAGAUACAAACCCGGCAUCAAAACGAAAAAUAUCUGCGUGCCCACCCAGAAGUUGAAUGUAUGUUGGCAGAUUUCCUAAGGUAUGAAAAAAUCUACCUUUCAUUUGUCAUAGAAAAAUAA